UACACUUUCACUGGCAUUUACACGUUUGAGUCGUUGAUAAAGAUUCUGGCGAGGGGAUUCUGUGUGGGGCCAUUUACCUUCCUGCGGGACCCGUGGAACUGGCUGGAUUUCAGUGUGAUUGUCAUGGCGUAAGUAUCUCUCUUGUUACAGUAGACCUCUCUGUAUCUCUCCUGUUACUAUGUGACCAUCUACUUCCUUUUAACCUGCCCUCUCCUUCCUUUUAACCUACUUCCUUUUAACCUGUCCUCUACUUCCUUUUAACCUGCUCCCUCCUUCCUUUUAACAUGCGCUCUCCUUCCUUUUAACCUACUUCCUUUUAACCUGUCCUCUCCUCCUUUUAACCUGCCCUCUACUUCCUUUUAACCUGCCCUCUCCUUCCUUUUAACCUGCCCCCUCCUUCCUUUUAACCUGCCCCCUCCUUCCUUUUAACCUGCCCUCUCCUUCCUUUUAACCUGCCCUCUCCUUCCUUUUAACCUGCCCUCUCCUUCCUUUUAACCUGCCCUCUCCUUCCUUUUAACCUGCCCUCUCCUUCCUUUUAACCUGCCCUCUCCUUCCUUUUAACCUUCCCUCUCCUUCCUUUUAACCUGCCCUCUCCUUCCUUUUAACCUGCCCCCUCCUUCCUUUUAACCUGCCCUCUCCUUCCUUUUAACCUGCCCCCUCCUUCCUUUUAACCUGCCCUCUCCUUCCUUUUAACCUGCCCUCUACUUCCUUUUAACCUGCAUUCUACAUCCUUUUAACCUGCCCUCUACUUCCUUUUAACCUGUCUCUACUUCCUUUUAACCUGCCCUCUACUUUCUUUUAACCUGCCCUCUACUUCCUUUUAACCUGCCCUCUACAUCCUUUUAACCUGCCCUCUACUUCCUUUUAACCUGUAAUCCAAUCUACACUCUCAAAGCAAUGGAUGCCCUUUUGAUUACUCCUCUAAUACUCUUUUCACACUACUGAGCCGAGCCAAGCUGUACUGUGCUGGCCUGGUUAUGGAUCCACCAUAGUUACUGGAACCAUGAUGGAAUGGAAAAUGUGAAAGGAAAACAUCUGAGCAGGCAAAGUACGGUUUGGGUUGGCAGAAUAGUGUGAAAAGUGUAUUGUAUUAUAUUUGUUGUCUGACAAGCUGUAUUGUGACUUCCCUCUAUCGCUCCUCUUUACUCCUUAAUCAAAUCCCUUAAUGUUCGACAGAAAAAUGUCACUGGAAGUACAAGUUUGCGGAAUGCUUUUCUUACCUCCUCUUUUUUAUACAUUGGAGGAGAGUACAGUUCUAUGAAAACUACUCAGCUGUUUGAAGUUGACCUAACGUCUUUUUGAUGCAUCCAUAUUACGGGGGGGGGGUGGUGCUAAGCUAACAUAUAGAAUUGUUUUAAGAUGGUCAUACUAUGGAUCAUUUAGCUAUUUGAUUUGGAAUUUUAGGACCCAUAAAAAAUAUAUGAAAAUAUUAAUUGAUAAAAUAUUGAUUUUGGCCUUUACUACAAAAACCCAUAGAAACGCAUUGAAUAACACAUUCAUAAAUGGCAUAAAAGACAGUCAAACUGAGACCACCAUCGUGUUCGUGAGAGUCUUCCCUUUCCAUAAUAGUUUGUAGGUAAAACCGUUCGGACGCUACAGGCGUUUUUGUGAGAAGACCGAUUUUCGGGAUGUCUCAUGGUCUGAUAAACGUCGCUCUAGCUCUGCCACCUUUCACCGCAGAUGCGGAAGUGCGACACUGGCAGAUGUGGUGGAUUGAGACAAAAAAAAUACAGAUAUCUCUAGUUUAAACUGAUGGAUUUUGAUGGGAGGUUAACUGAAAAUCAAUAACAUCAGGAUUAGUUACUGACAGUCCAAUUGGAGAUCAAGUGUUGUAUGACUCAGAUAAGAUGAAUGAUCCUCAAUUCUGAAGCAUAAAUCAAUAUUUGACGUCAAUAUGGAGGGCUGCUCUUUAUGAAUGUAAAACAAAAUAAUGUGACAUUUGUAUUACUGUAAUACAGUGCCUUGCAAAAGUAUUCAUCCACUUUGGCGUUUUUACUAUUUUGUUGCAUUACAACCUGUAAUUUAAAUGGAUUUGAUUUGGAUUGCAUGUAAUGGACAUACACAAAAUAGUCCAAAUUGGUGAAGUGAAAUGAAAAAAAUAACUUAUUUCAAAAAAUUAUACAAAAUAAAUAACGGAAAAGUGGUGCGUGCAUAUGUUUUCACCCCCUUCGCUAUGAAGCCCCUAAAUAAGAUCUGGUGCAACCAAUUACCUUCAUAAGUCACAUAAUUAGUUAAAUAAAGUCCACCUGUGUGCAAUCUAAGUGUCAUAUGAUCUGUCACAUGAUCUCAGUAUAUAUACACCUGUUCUGAAAGGCCCCAGAGUCUGCAACACCAGUAAGCAAGGGGCACCACCAAGCAAGCGGCACCAUGAAGACCAAGGAGCUCUCCAAACAGGUCAGGGACAAAGUUGUGGAGAAAUACAGAUCAGGGUUGGGUUUUUUAAAAACAUCCGAAACUUUGAACAUCCCACGGAGCACCAUUAAAUCCAUUAUAAAAAAAUGUAAAGAAUAUGGCACCACAUCAAACCUGCCAAGAGAGGGCCGCCCACCAAACUCACGGAUCAGGCAAGGGGGGCAUUAAUCAGAGAGGCAACAAAGAGACCAAAGAUAACCCUGAAGGAGCUGAACAGCUCCACAGCGGAGAUAUCUGUCCAUAGAACCACUUUAAGCUGUACACUCCACAGAGCUGGGCUUUACGGAAGAGUGGCCAGAAAAAAGCCAUUGUUUCAAGAAAAAAAUAAGCAAACACGUUUGGUGUUCACCAAAAGGCAUGUGGGAGACUCCCCAAACAUAUGGAAGAAGGUACUCUGGUCAGAUGAGACUAAAAUCGAGCUUUUUGGCCAUCAAGGAAAAUUCUAUGUCUGGCACAAACCCAACACCUCUCAUCACCUCAAGAACACCAUCCCCACAGUGAAGCAUGGUGGUGGCAGCAUCAUGCUGUGGGGAUGUUUUUCAUUGGCAGGGACUGGGAAACUGGUCAGAAUUGAAGGAAUGAUGUAUGGCACUAAAUACAGGGAAAUUCUUGAGGGAAACUUGUUUCAGUCUUUAAGAGAUUUGAGACUGGGACGGAGGUUCACCUUCCAGCUGGACAAUGACCCUAAGCAUACUCCUAAAGCAACACUCAAGUGGUUUAAGGGGAAACAUUUAAAUGUCUUGGAAUGGCCUAGUCAAAGCUCAGACCUCAAUCCAAUUGAGAAUCUGUGGUAUGACUUAAAGAUUGCUGUACACCAGCGUAACCCAUCCAACUUGAAGGAGCUGGAGCAGUUUUGCCUUGAAGAAUGGGCAAAAAUCCCAGUGGCUAGAUGUGCCAAGCUUAUAGAGACAUACCCCAAGAGACUUGCAGCAAGUUUUCAGUUUUUUUUUGUCUUAUUUCUUGUUUGUUUCACAAAAAAAAAUAUUUUGCAUCUUCAAAGUGGUAGGCAUGUUGUGUAAAUCAAAUUAUACAAACCCCCAAAAAAUCCAUUUUAAUUCCAGGUUGUAAGGCAACAAAAUAGGAAAAAUGCCAAAUGGGGUGAAUACUUUCACAAGCCACUGUACAGGGACAAUGUUGUGAGACAUACUGGAAAACCCUGUUUUACUUCACUAUACUUCAAUCCUCUUGCUUUUUUAGCCAACAGUUGCAGAGCAAACUUUUACUUCCAACAUUUUAGAAUGUAUCCUGAAUUGAAUACCCAUUACCGAUUUUCUUACUCUUCAAAUGUUAUAUUUGGCUUUGGUUGUGUGGGUGUAGAAACCACCUUAAGUUGCUUUUGAAUAAUAUAUUUUGCUCCUGACCUUCUACUGUGGAUGGUCUAAACACGGAGGACAUACGGCACCUUUUUUCUAAGGGAACAAUUUUGAACAUCCCCACCAUGCAUUAACUGUCUCCCCUGUGAGAAAACCGUGUUUGAAGUAGGAGUAGACUGUAGGUAAGGCUCAGACAGUUUCCCAGCCACCCAUAACAGCCUCUAAACCAAUGACAGAUCAUCUGAUAGAGGACCUUAACCACAGGAGCAGGUUAUAUUUUUUUAUUUUACCAUUUAGCCAUUAAGGAUGCCUCCAGAGAUUGGAUGAAGUCCACCCCCCCCCCCUCCUCCCCUGAUGAAGUGUUGAUUUCUCAUUUGGCUUUUGCAGCUUUAUUUCUCCCUCUUUCCAGAGGGCCAGUCGACCUUGAACUGGAUGCCUCUGUGGGGUCAGAUGGAUAUUUAGCAGGACAGGGACACAUCAGUCAUCGACUUCCGCUGCCCUCCCACUAGUGUUGACAGACAGGCCACCUUCCUUCCCACCGCUGGCUUUAUUAAAUCCAGACUGAUGACCCCCCCCCCCCCCCCCCCCACGCUGAUAAAUAUCCACACCCCCAACCCUGGGGGUUCCCAUGGAAACAGAGUGCAUGCCAUGUUAGCUAUGAAGCUUUUGGAAAACUCACCUCAGAAAUGUAAUACGGAAUGGAACCACUUAGGUCCAGAAGACUUAAAAUACCUCAUAUGAGCAGCACAUGGACUGGCACCAUACUGGUUUUUCGCCUUUUUUUCCUGUAAUCUCAGCUGUCUCUUUGUGUGGAGACAUACUAACAGCACACAUAACUAUAAAAGAAAAAUGAAAUAUCUAUACUGUGCUGUUUCUGUCCUGUUCUCCAUGUAAAGCUUUACUAAGAGGCAGUGAGCAGUCCUUAAGUGCUUAGCCUACAGUUGUCUUUCCUUUUUCUUUUUGGUGUUUGACCAAAUAACUGUAAUUUGAUCCUGCAGGUUGCUAACCGAAUUUGUUAAAGUAGGCAAUCUCCAAGCACUUCGAACAUUCAGGGUCCUCAGAGCAUUGAAAACUAUUUCAGUAAUCCCAGGUAAGAGGGAGUCUCCCCUGCUGCUGCAGUGUUACCGAAAAAUGGGUUACAUUGUCUAUCGUCCAGUCCACAUACUGUUACUGUACUGUACAUGCCCCUUCCCCCCCUUCCUCCUCUCUGUCCAAUCCAAAGCCACCCUUUUUUACCCUUGACCUCUAGCCAUGCCCUCCCACCCUCCCCUCUCUUCCAAUCCCAGCCCAUUCAACUGUUGUGUUUUGCCUGUUGUCGGUGCUUUGUCAUUGUGUCUGCUUGACUUUCACUUGUUGCAGAUAUGUUACUGAGUUUGUGGACCUGGGCAAUGUCUCAGCCUUACGGACGUUCAGAGUCCUACGAGCACUGAAAACUAUCUCAGUCAUC